AAGAAACACUCCCUGUGUUACUUUGUGUGUGUGUUUAUCUGUAAUAGCUGACACUGGAAACCAUGAACGCCACGCUGAUGAAGGGCGUCAACGGGUCUGAGCGCUGCCCCCGAGACACUCGGAUAGCACAGCUGGUGUUCCCAGCCGUCUACACUGUGGUUUUCUUCACCAGCAUCCUGCUGAACACGCUGGCCCUGUGGGUGUUUCUCCGCAUCCCCAGCUCCUCGACCUUCAUCGUCUACCUCAAAAACACCGUGGUGGCUGACUUGAUAAUGACGCUCACGAUUCCGUUCAAAAUCCUCACCGACUCACACCUUGGACCCUGGCAGCUCCGAGCCUUUGUGUGUCGUGUCUCUGCCGUCAUCUUUUAUGCGACCAUGUAUGUGGGCAUCAUACUGCUAGGCCUCAUAGCCUUUGACAGGUUCCUCAAGAUCAUCAGACCUUUUGGGAAAUUUUUCGUACAAAAACCUGCUUUUGCAAAAAUAGUCUCAACCGUCAUCUGGUUCCUUUUGUACCUCCUCUCUCUGCCAAACGUCAUCUUAAGUAACAAGGAAGCCACACCGUCAUCUGUGAAGAAGUGUGCCUCCUUAAAGGGUCCUCUGGGGCUGAAAUGGCAUCAAGUGGUGAAUUACAUAUCCCAGGUCAUCUUCUGGACUGUUUUUGUCCUAAUGCUUCUGUUUUAUGUGGUGAUUGCAAAACAAGUAUACAAUUCUUAUAGAAAGUCCAAAAGUAAGGAGAGCAAAAGCAACAAGAAGCUGGAAGGUAAAGUAUUCAUUGUUGUGGCUGUCUUCUUUGUGUGCUUUGCUCCGUUUCAUUUUGCCAGAGUGCCGUAUACGCACAGCCAGACCAACAGUAGGACUGACUGCCGGGUGCAAAACCACCUGUUUAUAGCUAAAGAAUCAACUCUCUUUUUGGCAGCAACUAACAUUUGUAUGGAUCCCUUAAUAUAUAUAUUCUUAUGUAAAAAAUUCACAGCAAGGCUACCAUGUACGAGAGGGAGAAAGAUCGCAGCAUCAACCCUAGAAAAUCAAACCAGUCAGACUGACAAUAACAUAAACCUAGGCUGAUAAGUUGAUCAUGGUUAACUUCUAUUUAUCCACAAGACUUCAAAAGACAGUUUAUUUGGAAAUCAAAUUUAAGCAAUGAAAGAAAAAAGGGUUGGAACAAAUGCUAUCUUACAUUUUAUUAUCCUGGUGCAGAAAAGAUUAUGUUAAUUUUAAUGCCACAUAGAUCUAUUCAUAAGCAGAAUGAAGUGUCACUGAAAGAAUGCAACAGAAAGCCAACGGCCACUAGAGGUCGCCUUUUUGAGAGCAUUUACUGAAAUUUGGGAAAAGAUUUCUUAUGGAUAAAUGUAUAUUCCUAAAAACCUCCCCUCCAAAACACCUUCUGCUAUUCUUUCACACACAUAAUUCAAACAACACUACUGCUUUUGUAUCCCACAAAUGUCGAUACUUGCUGAUUUUAAAAAAACAA